ACGAGAGAGAGAGAAGAGAAGAGAGUAAAAAUGGUAAAAAGCCCAAAACAAAACGUGAGGAGCAGCAAGAAGACAGAUUUAACAACACAAAAGGGCCCAACCACUACGUCAUUUUGUAUCAAUCUAACAUCGCCAUCGUCGUCGUCUUCGUCACCGUCGUCUUCAAGCUUUAUCGGCGAUUGGGUCUUCCUUACGAAAAAUCAAAGCUUUUUUAGAAUUUUCAAUUUUUGGGGAAAGAUCCAAUUUUUAUCCUUCUUCCUUUUAUUCGACGCCAUUUUGUUUGGUAAAGCUUAAAUCUCAAAAAGGAUUCUCUUUGUUGGGAGAGAACUUGUGCAAUCUGCAUCUUCUGUUAGAAAUCGAUCUGGAUCUGAAGCUCCUCUAUCGUCCCUUCGCAGGUUUUGUCUCAUUUUCUCUUUCUCUAUGCUAAUCAUCGAAAACCCUUGUUUCAAUUUUGUCCAUUUGAUCUCUGUUUCAAUCAAAGGUACAAGCUUGUGUUUGCAAUCACCAUCUAAUAGCCCUUCUUAGGUUUUAUGCUUCUUCUCUUGAAGGCUAAGAUUCAUAUGAGGGAGGCCUGAGCUAGUUGAUUGGUUCAAGUUUGCAGCUUUAGAUGAUCCUUUAACUGAGCUAUCUUCAUUCUUUAAUUACCAAUGGGAGAGUGGGUCAUCGGAGCUUUCAUCAACAUUUUUGGAAGUGUUGCUAUUAAUUUUGGCACAAACCUUCUCAAAUUGGGACAUAAUGAGAGAGAAAGGUUAGCCCUACAAGAUGGCGGAGGAAAGAUGCCAUUGAAGCCAAUUAUACAUAAUCAGACUUGGAGAGUUGGGAUCCUUGUCUUUCUUCUUGGGAAUUGCCUCAAUUUCAUUUCGUUUGGUUAUGCUGCUCAGUCCCUUCUAGCAGCUCUUGGAUCCAUUCAAUUUGUAUCCAACAUAGCAUUUGCUUAUGUUGUAUUGAACAAAAUGGUUACUGUCAAAGUACUCGUUGCUACAGCCUUUAUAGUUCUUGGAAACGUUUUCCUUGUAGCUUUUGGUAAUCACCAGUCACCAGUUUUCACACCCGAACAGUUGGCAGAGAAAUAUAGCAAUGUAACAUUCUUGGUCUACUGUGGUAUUUUGAUUUUAAUAGUAGCCGUGCACCAUUUCCUCUAUAGGAAGGGAGAAGUUUUGAUAUCUACACCUGGACAAGAAAUUAGCUCUUAUUGGAAAAUGCUGCUUCCUUUCUCAUAUGCAGUGGUCUCGGGUGCUAUAGGAUCAUGUUCAGUUUUAUUUGCCAAGUCACUCUCGAACUUGCUGAGAUUGGCCAUGUCUAGUAGCUAUCAACUGCACAGCUGGUUCACAUACUCUAUGCUUCUUUUAUUUCUUAGUACAGCCGGAUUCUGGAUGACAAGAUUGAAUGAAGGAUUGUCUCUAUAUGAUGCAAUUCUCAUAGUUCCAAUGUUUCAGAUUGCUUGGACUUUCUUCUCCAUCUGUACAGGAUGCAUUUACUUUCAAGAGUUUCAGGUUUUCGAUGCGCUAAGAACAACAAUGUUCAUAUUAGGAAUGAUGUGUGUAUUCAUAGGCAUUUCUUUACUAGCACCUGAUGAUACAAGAGGCAAUGAGACAAAAGAUAAUUCAUCAUCUCUUGACUCCAUCGUGUCCUCGAGUGUGCCAACUGAGGAGGACAGGUUGAUACCACAAUCAUCUGAAGAUGGACACAGCAAAGACACAAGAGUAGUUGUACAAGGAAUGUAUAUGAAAGCAGCUGAUUUAAUUGCCAAGACAAAGACUGCUUGUUUAGCAGCACUAGGAUUUGGUGAAGACUCUAUAAAUGCAUCUGCGAUUCUAGUGAUGCCAAUGGUAUCUUCGAAGAUUACAGGGUUUAGAGGAAACGGACUCGAACGGGCAAAGAUUUUGUCCAUGAGAGGGUCAGGAUGGAGCAAACUAGCCAUGGAAGAAGAAGGAACAAGAAUGCUUGAAAAGACCAUCUCUUCAAAGGCUUAAGUAGGUAGUGAAAACAGAAAGCAUGAGACCGAAUCUCAUGCACAUUCUUCUCUUAUCACAUAUGUUGUAGUAGCAAAAUCUGUUUUUAGGAAACCAUCCCACGAUUGUGUAUUCUUGCAAGAACCAAAUUGUAUUACAUAACAACAUCUCUGUAUAUUCAUUUUUUUGUUUGAGACCUGUGAAAAGUGUUUCAUAAAGCACAAAAUGUAAACAAGUUUGAAUCGAGUUUAUAUUAUUAUUACAAAUCCAUAA